CUAGGGGGGAGAGACUGGUUCGGAAUUUGAGGAGAAAGUUGUUAGAGGAUUUCACCUAAAUUCAAACAAAAUGACCUUCCCCGGGUUCUGGAGUCUGAGUACAGUGAAUACAUUUUAUUGAUUCAAUUAAAAAGUUCACAUAUGCUAGGUGUUUGCCAUGUUUUCAGCUGUUUGUAAAAGUAAAGUUGUAGUUUGUGCCAAAGGACGUGCAGUCAGUCACUUUGCUAGGACAAGUUAUACUGCUCAGUCGUGCACUCUAACAAGAGCCAGGAAGGAAUCGCCGACAUGGGCACAACCCAGAGCACUUUUAAAAAGCGCAAAAAAGGAAAUGAAAUGGUUCCAAAGAUUGAAAUUCCCCAUUGCAUCUAAUGCAGCGUCUCAGAACUGUGACAAGCACUCUACAUUCGAUAUGCAACGUGUUUUACGAACACCUUGUACAGUUUUCAUGGGCCGUUUCGCCCCUGCUUCAUCGGUGCAAUCGUCUCCGACAUCAUUACUCGACCGUAUUUCGUAUCGAUCUCAGGGAGUAAGAGAUAGAAAAGAAUUGAGUGGAUACAGCCAGCGCUGCCGCCAGAUGACCCUGUUCUCGACAAAGUUAAAGGCUAUUUUAAGUUUAAAUGCUGGACCGGAAAGUGCAAGGGGUCUUCUGUGCUUCAGAUGGUAUAGUACUGGUGACGAGAAACCGGCUGCAGCUCAGGGAAAAGGGACUGAAGCCUCUAGCACACCUGACAGAGGCGAAGGUGGUACAACUUUUAAAGAACUGUACGAAAACCCAUGGACGAUUCCAAAUUUCCUGUGCAUGGCAAGGAUUGGUUUGUCACCGGUCCUGGGAUACCUGAUUGUGGAAAAAGAGUUUAAUUUAUCCCUAGGUCUUUUUUUUUUAGCUGGAAUAACUGAUCUGUUGGAUGGCUACAUUGCACGCAACUGGGCCAACCAAAAAUCUGCUCUAGGAAGUGCUCUUGAUCCAUUAGCUGAUAAGAUCCUCAUCAGUGUCCUGUACAUCAGCUUGACUUAUGCACAACUCAUUCCAGUACCGCUCACUGCCAUGAUUAUUUCAAGGGAUGUCGCUUUGAUUGCAGCUGUCUUUUAUGUUCGAUACAAAACUGUUCCACCCCCACGAACCCUCAGCAAGUUCUUUAACCCCUGCUACGCUACUGCUCAGUUAAAACCAACCUUCAUUAGCAAGGUAAAUACAGCUGUUCAGUUGGUACUGGUUGCUGCAUCUUUAGCAGCACCUGUCUUCCAGUAUGCUGACAGCAUGUUUCUUCAAACGUUAUGGUACAUUACAGCAAUGACAACAGCAGCAUCAGCAUACAGUUAUUACCACUAUGGUAAAAAGACUGUGCAGGUUUUAAACCACACAAAAUGAUGAAUGAAUGCAUUUUGUACAGAGGCUGUACUUCUCUGACUCCACACCAGAACAUUUACAUUGACUCUACACCAGAACAUUUAUUAAAGUGUUAAAUUGAUAAAUGUAAGUACAGUGUGAAUUAUCAGUAUACAUUUAAAAUUUAUUAAAAUAAAGAACUAUAAUUGUUCAUUGACCUGUAGUUGCCAUUUGAUUUACACAUAUCUAACCAAUCGCAUUGAUUUACACAUACCUAACCAAUCGCAUUAACCAGUACAAAGAAACCUCAAUAUUAAAACUUAUAAUGAAUUCAAUUAACCUACCAGAUUGUGCUGAGUCAGUGCCCAUUUGAACGGUUGUCCCACCCCAUCUUUUAGCUGAAAGUGAAGUUGUCACCAUUAAUUUCCGGUAUUUAAUAACUAUGUGCCAGUAAUGCCUGAGGGGAAAUUUCUUACCUGCAGAUAUUAUGUAAAGCCAUUUAUUUUAGUGGGCCAUAAAUUUGAAGUGUCUAAUUUUUUAAAUGUAGCAACCUUUUAUUUUAGCAUUUUUCACCUGCAAAUGUUUUCAUGAUGUGGGUUUGCACUGGACACAGUAGCUUUUAAGUUUAAUGUUUGUUUUGUGAAAAGAUUUGAAAUGACAAAACACUGGACAUUCUGCAGCAGCUCUGAAUUGUAUUUUUCUUCAUUAAAUAUGUUAACUGCA